AGUUGUACGCACAGACUUAGGUGUGAUUGGAAUGCACCUUUUGGGACUAGUAAAUGGAGAACCGUGCAAACAGAGUCUGGAUUUAGAUUUAAAAGAACGUGGGAUCUCUCUGCAAGAGAAUAUGAGUUUGGCGGAACAUGCACAAUACAGCCAUAAACCUUCCUUGUAUUUCCCUAACUGGACAAAGAAUUUCCUGGUUGAUUCCUCCCAUCCAUCAAGGACUAAUCCUACCAAGCAGAAACUGACUUUGAGUGAAGUCCAGUCAAAUGAUGAAUGUAAAAGUAACACUUCAAAAGAAUCCAGAACGGGUAAUAAACUAGAGGCAGAGUUUGGGAGAAAGCAAGAGGUUGAGGAAUCCCCAGCACAGAAUUCCCCUGACUCCUCUGAAUUGCAGAUGAAAGUGGACUUCUUUCGUAAGUUGGGUUACUCAGCAGAGCAGAUUCAUACGGUUUUCCAAAAAGUGGACAGUAGCGCCGAUACCAACACCAUACUCGGAGAACUAGUGAAGGCACAAGGCGCGAUGGAAAAGGAGCACGCACCAGAGGAAGUGCCUGUACCUAUGCUGGUGUCUCGUGGAGGUCCUUCAGUCAAAGUCCCAGCUGGUGGACCAGUGACCGAAGAGCUGCAGGAGCAGAAAGUCAACUUGCGAGCAAUUGUUAUAGAUGGCAGCAAUGUUGCUAUGAGUCACGGGAAUAAAGAGGUAUUCUCCUGUCAUGGCAUUCAGCUGGCUGUGAACUGGUUUCUGGAAAGAGGUCACAAAGAUAUCACUGUAUUUGUUCCAUCUUGGAGGAAGGAGCAACCAAGGCCUGAUGUGCCAAUCACAGACCAGCACAUCCUUCGAGAGCUUGAAAAGAGAAAGAUACUUGUCUUCACGCCAUCGCGGCGAGUUGGUGGGAAAAGGAUCGUCUGUUAUGAUGAUCGUUUUAUUGUCAAGCUGGCAUACGAGACGGAUGGUAUCAUUGUUUCAAAUGAUACCUACCGGGACCUGCAGAAUGAAAAACCUGAGUGGAAGAAGUUCAUUGAAGAGCGUCUGCUGAUGUACUCAUUUGUGAACGACAAGUUCAUGCCCCCUGAUGACCCCCUUGGACGUCAUGGCCCUAGUUUAGAUAAUUUCUUACGUAUCAAGCCUGUAAUACCAGAGCAUAAGCGACAACACUGCCCCUACGGCAAAAAGUGUACUUAUGGCAUCAAAUGUAAAUUCUACCACCCGGAGCGAAUUAACCAGCCCCAACGUUCAUUGGCAGAUGAGCUCCGAGCUACAGCAAGGUCCUCUCCAACUAAGAGCCUCAAUUCUGCAAGCCCACACAAAGAAGAGAAAAAGGCAAGUGUGCCAAAGCGGCCGACAUAUACCGAAAGUGGUCCAGCUACUUUUAAUCAAACUGACAAUAUCUCAGGAAAGAGGCUCAGCCCAGAAAGACAACACGCAGCGCAGAUUGUAAACCCGCCUGAGAGCAGUGCAAUGUUAAAAGGAAUUGCACAAACCAAGCAAUCAUCAAAUACAAACGCUGAGUGGUUUAAUCAUAUAGCCUUUGACAACACCUCGACCAAUUCAGUAUGUUCAAACUCACAUAAAAGUUACGAUGAAGGCUUUGUGUCAUUUGAGAAAGAAUUCUCUGACAUCUGGCCUUCUGGAUCUCAAAGUCACAGUGAGCCAUACUCUAUAAACAAUGGACAGUAUUAUUUACCAACCCACAGUUUAAACCAUCAUCAAUACAGCUAUCAUUCCCAUGAGUCAAUGCCAUCAAUCGGAGCUUGUGGUUACCCUCCUCAUAAUCCACCCAGUAGCUCGCACUGUUGCAUGGCCAUGGGCAGAAUGUCAAUCCAUCCACACUUCAGUCUACCAAGUGACUUUAAUUCGCCAGGCUCGCAGAGACCACGAAGCUGUUGGCCUGACCCACACCAGGUCUCAUCAAACAGCAGGUCAAGCAGUCUUCCAGAUCCUCAUGGGUGGGCAAUGAAAAGAUGUGAUCCACAGAUCAUGGAUCCCUAUUGGAAAAAUAACCAAUGGCCAUCACAUGACCACUGCAGAGAGGAGCGGGAGACUGUCCGCAUGAAGCUAUGUGCCAUCUUCCAACCCCACCUCGUGGAUACAGUUAUGAAACAAUACCCACAUCUUUUAGACCCCCAAGAGUUAGCUGCCACAAUUCUAGCUUAUAAAUCCCAAAACCCUAAUAUUUAAGUUACCACAGCACUAAGAGUUCACUAAUUUAUCCAACCAAAUUGUUCACCGUUAAUGUGAUAAUUAAUCCGAAUCAAAUGGAUUGUAAUGCACAAAUUUUACUUGCAUUAGUAUAUAACAUUUAUAGGUGUAUUCAUAAAAUUCCUUGGUAGUCGAAUUGGUUUUAUUACAGUGUCUGUAGAAAACAGUUCAAGAUACUUUAAGACCAAUUUCUAAUCAAUACAGUGUUUCAGAAUAUGACUCUUGCAUUACAGUCUCAUUUUACUGUAGGUGAUAUGAGAAGAGUAACUUUAUGUCCACAAGCUCAAAAUAGCUUUUACAUAAGCAGCUGGGAUUUUCUAAAUUUACUUUUAAUGAUUUUUACUGUAAUCUGUACAUAUUGUACAUUAAUCACCUUUAACUGUACAUAUUGUAAUCUGUGCUUGCUGUAAUUGGUUUGCAUAUAUAUGUGUGUGUGUACUGCAAUCAAUAUGCAAUGUCUAAUAUGUUAAACUGUAUAUACUGUACAUAAUGAAUUCCAUACAUUUCAUGUCACAGUUUUGACUCCUGUAUAGUGCUGUUCUCACAGCUGAUACCUUUAGUUUUGUGGGAUGGGAGUUUAUGCCUAUUUUGGAAGCACUGCUCUACUUGAGGAGUGCAGAACAUGUAAACUUUUCUGCACAUGUCAAAAAAGAAUUGUCUUGUGGGCUUUGUAUAAAGCUACAGUUUUGUUAUCAAUGUGAAACAAAAGCAUCACUCAGCCCACAAGCUGGAUGUGUUGAUACAUAUUGUAUCUUUACUAAGUUGUCGCUUUGAUUGUGUCUUAGAAAUGUCUCAGAGAAAGAUUUGUUUCAGUGGUGAAUGCAGUUGGCUCAUUUCGAUCUUGGAAAAUUAACUUCAUGUCACUGCUUGAAGUAACAUCAGCCAUUAAAUUUGUUACACGUUCAGGAGCAGCUUGUUAGCUAAGUGAAACUGUCAAUUAAGUUAGUCCUCACAAAGUGGGAUAUGCACCUAGGAAGAAGAAUGGUGCUUUAAUAAUGCUUUCUUAAUUGGCUGUCUUAAUCUGCAGAAAACACAAAGGUGUUUGUUGCAGCAAAUGAAGAGUCAAAAAGAGGUUGCAAACUUGCAUCUAAACUAUGCUUUAAUCUAUUUGUAAAUAUUUGACAAUGUCAGUAGGCCUGACAUCAUUCAUUUUGAUGAAUACAAAUUCAAUCAUCUUACCAAAUAUGAAACUUAGUAGGUAUGUAAGUUAGCUCGCUAAGCUGGAAGGUUUGAUUUCAGACAUUUUGUCACCAUGACUAGGUAACAUCAUCAGCGAGAGUCUCCAGUGAAGCGUUAGUGAUAUGUCCCACCUCUCUAUUUAUAGGUCUUGCUUUCUUAAGGUGGGUGAUGUCGUUUCCAGUUCUUUUUUUUUCAAGGGAAGGUAGAUGAAAUCGAAAUCAAUUUGUUAAUUAAUGAAGUUCUAGUUAGAAUGCCGAAACAUCUGAAAACCUCCUUCCAGCUCAGCAAGAUAACUUACAUACUUAUCAUCAACCUGAACUAUAAAUCUUCACAAACAUUGCAGUAAAACUUAGUCAUUUGGAUUUUAGUUUAAAUUGGUUUGCCCGAAUGACAUCCUUUGCAACUGAUUUGAACUUAGUGUACGCUGUCAGACUGGCUGUUUUUGAUUGAAUAGUUAUUCAUGAAGUCAAUUCUGCAGUCACCACUGAAGGGCAAUUGAAAUUGGCUGCAUUGGCACCAUGUGCCAGUCUACAGAUUGUAGGGAUUGCUAAUCUGGUGUACUUGACUCCUAUGCAAGAGACACCUGAAAAAAUCAGAACUACAAAAUCAUUUGUAAUGGUUUUGUUAUAGUUAAGCAAACUGCUUACAUUAAAAACAUUAUGUUAAGACGUUGUAUUUUUGACUUUUUAUAAACAGUUUAUCUUUGUGCUAAGUAAACUAUAAGAUAUGAGCUUGUGUUUGAAGCUGAACUAUUUGGCAUGACUGCUUGAUACCAAAAGUGAUGGAUCUUAAAAGGGCUAAGUGUCCGGGUGAAGUAUUUUGCGACUUAUUGGGCUUUAAUUGCAAAGGUACAACAGUGUGAGGUGAGAUUUCAUUUCUCUGCAUGUUGGACACAAUCUUCCAAGUUUUCUGGUAUUGAGGUCACAUUAUUAUCUCACCUAUGAACAUUGCUAACUUUGUUUAUACAGUGACAAGUACAAUUGUGCUAUUAUGAACAGUAAUGUGGAUUUUGGAAAUUUUCCGCGCCCAGAAUGGAACACCUCUGGACCUGAGCCCCAACCUUAUAUUUCACUUUCAUUUAUCCUGCUACUGCACAGGCAGCAACUUCCAGAGCGGUGUGUUUGCCUGCCAAUUACCAUGUACAGACCCUUCUGUGCAGCUUAGAGGGAACGUUGGUCCCAACCGUUCCAAUCCUCCAAUAUAAGAAGGACUUUCUUAUAUUCUGUUUAUAAUCAUAUGUUGUCUAACAUCAUAAGGUGCUCAUAUAAAUUAGGACACGUCCAUGACAGUACAUUUUAUUGGUGAGUUGUUGACAGGAAUAAAACUAGGGGAGAAUCAACUGACCGUUUUGUAAGUUUUGAAACAUCGCAAAGUAUCUUGCAAAAGAACUAUAUUUUUAGCAUUAAUCAUAUUAGAUAAUCAAUUAUUCCAUAAUUAUUAAAGCAAGAAAAUCUGUAGCUGAAAUGUUUCAGUACACUGGAGGUCAAGGAAGAUCCAUGAAGAGUAUUACAUGUUUCUUAUGCUCAUUUUUUUCUUUCUGGUUACUAAAAUGCUUUCCUGUAUUUCCUGAGUUGUGACAUUAUUUUGCAGACUAUGGUUAGUGUUUUUCCUGUUCAGAAAAGAACUGUAAAUGACAAAAAAAGCGUAAAUCUAUCAAAAAGCAAUAAAGUACUAGCAUGAUGCAAAGACA